AUGUAUUACUACUUAGCAGCAAUUUUUGCUUUUGUUAGCUACUUUCUGUAUAAAUGUUAUAUUUAUCCUUUAUAUUUGUCUCCAUUACGUAAAAUUCCUGGUCCACCUAUUGAUAAUAUGAUUCUUGGACAUUAUUCCACUUUAUUAAAGAAAGAUCAGGGUAAAGCCUUUUCUUAUUUAGCAAAACAAUAUGGUGGGAUAGUUAGAUAUCAUAUCAUAUUGAAUAAGCCCUAUCUCUUAAUUACCGAUCCAAAACUCGUACAAAUGAUAUUGAUGAGUCGUUCGUAUGAUUUUCUGAGGUUCGAUUCUAACAAAGCUGUAGUCAAAGAGUUAAUUGGUGAAGGUAUUAUACUUGCUGAAGGAAAUAAUCAUAAACGACAAAGAAAAAUGAUGUCUCCUUCAUUUGCUUUUGCCAAUGUCAAGGAAAUGACUCCAACAUUCGUUCAAGCCGGCCAUAGUUUAAAGGAUGUCUGGAUGAAAAAAGUUGGCAAUAAGAAAGAGGAAAGAAUUACGAUUACAGAUGUAAUUUCAAAGGUAACUUUGGAUGUCAUUGGUCAUGUUGGGUUUAACUACAACUUUAAUUCUACAACUACAGAGUCUGAAUUAUAUAAAGCAUACAAUUUCGUAACUUAUCGUAAUAGAACGCCUUUAUACAUGGCUAUUACCGACCUCCUUCCGUUUAUUAGAAAAUUUCCAACAUCUGAUAACAAUAAAUAUUAUGAUUAUCUUAAAACUAUUUAUAAUGUUUCUGAGAAACUGCUUGCUGAACAAAAAAAUAAUCCUGUUCGAGGAACAGAUUUAAUGUCAUUAUUGGCAAAUGCAAAUGAUAGCUUACCUGUUGACGAACAAUUAACUCACAAAGAAUUAGUUAGUCAGGUUAUGACAUUACUCUUAGCUGGACAUGAGACCACCAGUGUUACAUUAUCUUGGGCAUUAUACUUUCUCGCGGCAAAUCCUGAUAUUCAAGAUCGCCUUCGCAAAGAAAUACUUGAUAUAUUUCCUGAUCGUGAUUAUCACCCAACUUUUGAUCAAAUUGAACACUUGAAAUUUUUAGAAUGUGUCUUUAAAGAAGUUUUAAGAAUCUCACCGCCUGUGACUUCACUUCUUCGUACAAAUGUAAAAGAUGAAAUAUUUAACGGUUACUUUAUUCCAAAGAACACACCAUUGGCAAUCUCCAUCUAUGCAAUCCAUCAUGAUCCCUCAAUUUGGGGUGAUGAUGCUGAACAUUUUAACCCAUCUCGGUGGCUCAAUCCGGAAAUAAAAUCAAAUAUAACCAAUUCUAAUUUCAUACCUUUUAAUACCGGUCCAAGAAGUUGUUUGGGAAUGAGAAUGGCAUAUUCAGAAUUCAAAUCUAUAUUAGCUGUGAUUAUUAGAAAUUUUGAGUUUAAAUUAGUUGAAGGUUUUACUUUCGAAAGAAAAUUUGUCGGUAUAAUUAAACCUAUUCCUGGAAUUGAUCUAUUGGUUUCAAAAGUAAAUUAUUAA